CUCCUUCAAGACGUGGCAGCGCAACGGCCUUAUCCUUCAUACCGGCAAGUCAGCUGACUACGUCAACCUGGCACUGAAGGACGGCGCUGUCUCCCUCGUUAUAAAUCUGGGCUCUGGAGCCUUUGAGGCCAUCGUAGAGCCAGUCAAUGGAAAGUUCAACGACAACUCGUGGCAUGAUGUCAAAGUGACCCGCAACCUCCGGCAGGUGACUAUAUCCGUAGACGGGAUUCUGACCACCACGGGUUACACCCAGGAGGACUACACUAUGUUGGGCUCUGAUGACUUCUUCUAUGUUGGUGGAAGCCCUAGCACCGCUGACCUUCCUGGAUCUCCAGUCAGCAACAACUUCAUGGGUUGUCUCAAAGAGGUGGUGUAUAAGAACAAUGACAUCCGUCUUGAGUUGUCCCGCCUGGCUCGCAUUGUGGACCCGAAGAUGAAGAUCCAGGGUGAGGUGUCCUACAAGUGUGAGAAUGUGGCCACCUUGGACCCCAUUUCUUUCGAGACCCCCGAGGCCUUCAUCAGUCUCCCAAAGUGGAACACUAAGCGGAUGGGAUCCAUCUCUUUUGAUUUCCGCACAACUGAGCCCAACGGCCUCAUCCUCUUCACCCAUGGCAAACCUCAGGAGCGCAAAGACGCUGCCCGCAGCCAGAAGAACACCAAGGUGGAUUUCUUUGCAGUAGAGCUGCUAGAUGGCAGCCUGUACCUUUUGUUGGACAUGGGCUCAGGGACUAUCAAGGUAAAGGCCACCCAGACGAAGGUCAAUGAUGGAGACUGGUAUCAUGUGGACAUCCAGAGAGACGGACGCUCAGGGACCAUCUCCGUAAACAGCAGAAGGACCCCAUUCACAGCCAGUGGUGAGAGUGAGAUUCUGGAUUUGGAGGGUGACAUGUAUUUGGGGGGUCUUCCCAGUGAUCGCACCAACCUCAUCCUACCCACCGAGCUCUGGACGGCGAUGCUCAACUAUGGUUAUGUGGGCUGUAUCCGUGACCUUUUCAUUGACGGUCGAAGCAAAGACAUCCGACAGAUUGCUGAGGCACAAAAUGGCGCCGGCAUAAAACCCUCAUGCAACAAGCAAACUGGCAAGCAGUGUGAGAGCUAUCCAUGCAAGAACCGAGGAGUCUGCAAAGAAGGCUGGAAUAGAUUUAUCUGUGACUGCACUGGCACUGGCUACUGGUCACGCACCUGCGAGAGAGAGGCUUCCAUCCUAUCCUACGAUGGCAGCAUGUAUAUGAAGGUGGUGAUGCCGAACAUCAUGCACACUGAGGCGGAGGACGUCUCCCUACGGUUCCGCUCGCAGCGGGCCUACGGCCUCCUCAUGGCCACCACUUCCCGAGAAUCAGCCGACACGCUCAGGCUUGAGUUGGACGGAGGUCGCGUCAAACUCACGGUCAACCUAGACUGUAUCAGGAUAAACUGUAACUCCAGCAAGGGACCGGAGACCCUGUAUGCCGGGCAAAAGCUCAAUGAUAAUGAAUGGCAUACUGUGCGAGUGGUGCGUCGCGGCAAAACCUACAAGCUAACUGUUGACGAUGAUGUAGCAGAAGGCCAAAUGGUGGGCGACCACACUCGCCUGGAGUUCCACCACAUCGAAACGGGCAUCAUGACAGAGCGUCGAUUUGUUUCAAGCAUCCCAUCCAGCUUCAUUGGCCAUCUGCAGAGCCUUAGAUUUAACGGCAUGCUCUACAUUGACCUGUGCAAGAAUGGUGACAUUGAUUAUUGCGAGCUCAACGCACGCUUUGGGGUUCGUUCUAUCAUCGCCGACCCUGUCACCUUCAAAUCCAAGAGCAGCUAUCUGAGCCUGGCCACCCUACAGGCCUACACGUCCAUGCACCUCUUCUUCCAGUUCAAGACCACCUCAACAGAUGGCUUCAUCCUCUUCAACUCUGGAGACGGCAAUGAUUUUAUCGCUGUAGAACUGGUAAAAGGAUACAUCCACUACGUUUUUGACCUUGGAAAUGGGCCCAACCUCAUCAAAGGCAAAAGUGACAAGGCAUUGAAUGACAACCAGUGGCACAAUGUGGCCAUCACCCGAGACAAUAGCAACACUCACACACUGAAAGUAGAUGCUACAGCCACUAGUCAGAGUAUCAAUGGCGCUAAGAAUCUAGACUUGAAAGGUGAUCUAUUCAUCGCUGGACUGGGUCCCGGCAUGUAUGGCAACCUGCCUAAACUGGUGGCUUCCAGAGAAGGCUACCAGGGCUGUUUGGCAUCGGUGGAUCUCAACGGUCGCCUGCCGGAUCUCCUCAAUGAUGCCUUGUUUCGCAGCGGGCAGAUUGAACGUGGAUGCGAAGGUCCGAGCACCACCUGUCAAGAGGACUCCUGUGCCAACAUGGGUAUUUGUAUCCAGCAGUGGGAGAACUACACCUGUGACUGCUCCAUGACCUCCUACACUGGAACACAGUGCAAUGACCCCGGGACGACGUACAUCUUUGGCAAAGGAGGAGGCCUCAUCUCCUUCAUGUGGCCAGCUAACGAGAGGCCGAGCACCAGGACGGACAGGCUGACUGUCGGCUUCAGCACCUCCCUGAAAGAUGGCAUCCUGGUCAGGAUUGAAAGUGCGCCUGGUCUGGGGGACUAUUUAAUGCUGCACAUUCAACAAGGCAAAAUUGGAGUGACAUUCAACAUUGGCACAGUGGAUAUCAGUGUUCAGGAGAGCAGUAUCCCAGUGAAUGAUGGGAAGUAUCACGUUGUUCGCUUCACCAGGAAUGGUGGCAAUGCUACCUUGCAGGUGGACAACUGGUCAAUCAAUGAACACUUCCCAACAGGGAACAGUGACAUUGAACGCUAUCAAAUGGCCAAUAAGAAAAUUCCUUUCAAAUACGCCAGACCAGUAGAAGAGUGGCUGCAAGAGAAAGGACGGCAGCUAACAAUUUUCAACACUCAAGCAACAGUCGCAAUUGGCGGUAGUGAUCAAGGCCGGCCCUUUCAGGGUCAACUGUCUGGCCUUUAUUACAAUGGCCUCAAAGUGUUGAACAUGGCCGCUGGGGGCAACCCCAACAUCAAGAUUAAUGGAAGUGUGAGGUUGGUCGGGGAUGUGCCCAGUGGAGCAGGCUCAGCCAGGACCAAAGGCAUGUCUCCAGAGAUGUCCACUACCUUAAUUGAGACCACUACCAUGAUGUCCACCACCACCACACGGAAACACAGAUCCUCCUCAACGGUACAGCCCAUGAAGCAUACAACAGAAGACAUUGUGUCAUCUGCAGAGUGUUCGAGUGAUGACGAAGAUCUGGAGGAGUGUGAAACUAGCCAUGCAGGAGCUGAGUUAGUCAUCCCAGUACUUCAGGAUCCAUUAGUGCACCCCUCUGUAGCUCCUCGUGCACCCUUCAUUCACUCUCUCAACACACCACUCACCAUUGUUGAGACCACCAAAGAUUCCUUGUCCAAGGCCACUGAGGCGGGGGUACCUU